UCAUGCUGCUGCCAGGUCCAGAGUCUCUCAUGGGUCCCUGUACGGCCUCCCAUUGCUGCUGUCUCCAUCGCCACACUCUGCCAUGUGCCACUUUCAGGUCUCCUCACACACUGCUGGUGUGUUAAAUUUUUUGACAUAGGGUGCUGGCAGAUUACGGGCCUCCCAUAGCUGCUGCCAGGCCCCUAAUCUGCCAUGGGCCCCUAUAUACCGCCUCCUCAUGCUGCUGCAAGGUCCAGAGUCUGUCAUGGGUCCCUGUACGGCCUCCCAUUGCUGCUGUCUCCAUCGCCACACUCUGCUGCCAUGUGCCACUUUCAGGUCUCCUCACACUGCUGGUGUGUUGAAUUUUUUGAC